UCAAUUAAAGUGUUUAUGCAUUAAACAAAAAAGCUAAAUAUUACAUGUUAACCAGUAAUCUCGACUAGGUAACACCUUAAACUACAACGUAGGUAAAUAAUACGCACGAUAAAGCUGAUAACGUUAUCAAUGUAUCAAAAACCGCUGUCAAAGCAGGACGUGUAUCGGAUAAUAAUAACGCGAAAUUAAAUGUUUAGUGUAAUAAAGACAAAGAAAGGGACAAUAAAAUGGAAGUAGACCUAAGUGGAAAAGUGGCGAUAGUGACUGGUGCCAGUUCAGGUAUCGGAGCAGCGACCGCGAUAGCAUUCGCUAAACAUGGUGCUAAGCUAUCACUAGUAGGACGGGACGAGGUGAGGCUACUGCAGACAGCGAACAAGUGUGUGGAAGUGAGUAUGAGUAACGAAGUGCCAUUAUGGGUACGACUGGAUCUGACACAACCAGGCGCCUGCGAGGCAGUCGUGAACAAGACCGUGGAAACAUACGGCAAGCUAGACAUAUUAGUGAACAGUGCCGGCAAAGUUGUACUAUCAGACCUUAGCGAUGAAUCAAUGGAUAUACUUGACGAUUUAAUGAACUUAAACUUUAGAGUGCCGUAUCGUAUGACGCAACUGUCGCUACGGCAUUUGGAGAAAACGAAGGGAACAUAAUAAAUAUUGGCAGUUCGAUGUCUAAGCGACGUUUGCCUGGAACAUUGGGGUACACUAUAUCUAAGGAGGCAUUGCAGACGUUUAGUAGACAAGCUGCAUUAGAAUUAGCACCUUUAGGAAUAAGGAUAAACUGUAUAACUCCUGGACCUUCAAGGACUAACAUUCGAGCUCCUAUAAUCGUCAAUAAUCCACACUUACAUGGAGAUAGACGUGUAGCUUACGCUCAAUAUCUUGAUAAUGGGACCUUUUUGGAUCCAAAUGAAAUUGCUACGUUGAUAUGUUGGGCGGCGAGCGAUGUGUUCCCUAAUUUGAAUGGUGCUGAUAUGUUGCUUGAUGGAGCACAUUGCAUGGCUUCGGCAACGUAAUCUACAUCAGUUAUUGUAUAGAUCAUCAUCAUCGUGGCACUAUCAUCAUCAUCAGCUGCUUUGCCGGAGACAUCGUCAUUCCUCCUAGCUAGAGGCUGAUCCAUGCUAUCGAAACAAGUUUUGUGUAUGACAUGAGUUCUUGUAAAAACGUGUAAUGGUAUUUGAUCAAGUGUAAAGUUUUAAAUAUUAUGUUCAUUGUCAUAUUUCCUAUUUAUAUGUUAGUUUGUUAGUGUAAGAAAAUGUAAGUAUUACAAAUUGUAAAUGGAUAAA